GUGGAGCGACAGAGGCAGGCAGGCGGGCCCCCACCCUGCCCCGCGUUGUCGUCUCGGCCCGCGCGCCAGUUCGCCGUUGUGCGUCUCUCGCGGCGCAGGCACUUUGCUAUGAUCGCCUCGUCAUUGGAAUUUUAGUAACGGUUUCGCGUGUGGCUUUGUUCAGUGUUUACGGACAGUGUUAUUGUAUUAUUUUAAUGCCGAAGAUGCUCAGGAUACGACAUGGACGUGCGUAGUUGACAUGUCGCUGAGCGCGCCCGCCCAGGCGGCGCGCGGGGCCCGGACCAGUAGCCUCGACCAACUGGAUUUCCAGGAGCGAAGGCAGCUCAUAGCAAGCACCUUGUCCCUUACGGAUUUCUUGCACGUCGGGGCGAAGGAGGUAGCUGCAGUUGCCGCCAAGAAACAAAAUGGUUCGGCGGUACGAACGAACAGUCUCAGCUCGGGUGCGCGGACACCGCCGGCGGAGCGACCUAAGUCAAAGUUCUCCGCUUUCGGCAGAUUAUUCAAACCUUGGAAAUGGAAACGGAAAAAGAAAUCAGAAAAGUUUGAAGCAGCUUCUAGAACGUUAGAGAGGAAGAUAUCCGUCCGAGCGAAUAGAGAUGAGUUAGUGCAGAAAGGCAUCCUUUUACCGGAGAGUCCAGUUACUCCUGUACCCGAAGGCAAUGAGGAGGUGUCUCCACCCGGCGAAGAGGCGCGGGGCGAACCGGGUCCUAUCGGGCCAAGCGGAGACCGGGGGCUGGCGUCGAUGCACGCGGCGUUGCAGGCACAGCUGGCUUCACAGUUGGCGCAGCAGCAGGCGGCUCUCGCUGCCGCCGUUGCUGCCGCAGCCGCCGCCCAUCACCACCACCAGAACAAUAACGUCAUUGAACCAAAGAAAGACAAAUUGGAAAAUGGUGGGGAGCUGAUGAGGCCCGAGCGGCCCAACUCCUUGACUGCAGGGAAACAUCCAAGGCGGAUAUGCUAUCAAGGGGACGUAGUGAGCAACUAUGGUGAAAGCGCGGAGGCGGGCGGCGGGAAUGGCGAGGAGCCACUGGUGCUGUCAGAGCUGCCUGAGCCACCGAUCGCAGUCUCGGAGAUCGGCCCCAUCCCGCCGCCACCAAUGUUUUCCUCCCCCAGUCCCACACGCCACCACCAUCUUCAUCCCCCACAUCACCACCCGCCGCAUACUCUCUCAGACUCUGAAGAUGAGGAUGACCAAGACGAAGAUGAGGCGGAGGGUUUAACAAUGGCGGAUACUUCUCGCGUGGAAGAGAUACCGCCUAAGGAGCCACUGUUCAACGCUGUGCCCCUCAAGUCGGCGCUCAAGAAGCGGCCCGCGCCUUCCGCUUCCCCCGCCAGCACCCCGCUCGCCACCCCACUGCAGCCGCGCCAGGAUCACCACCACGCUAGCUUCAAACGGCCGCCGCCCAAACCGAGGAUCCGCAUAUGCACUCGACCGGUGCGGGUUGGCAACACACAACACGACAACAAGGAGAACGCGCGGCCGUGGGAGAACGAGGACUCGUACUCCAGUGAGUCGGACCGUGUCGCCGCCAAGUUGGCUCGGAAAGAAAGUCUCAACAUCAAACUUGCGCUGCGUCCCGACCGACAGGAACUCAUUAACAGGAACAUCCUGGUGGUGCAGAGCGAACACGAGCGGCAGGAGUCGUGGGAAGCAAUCGGCGCGCGUCUCAUCCGCCGUCUGUCCAUGCGGCCCACCGCAGAGGAACUUGUAGAAAGAAAUAUACUCAAAAGUCAGUCCCCUGCUGAAGAGAAGAAGCAGAAAGAAGAGAAGAAACGGUACCUUCUGCGCAAGCUCAGCUUCCGGCCUACUGUCGACGAGCUUAAGGAGAAGAAGAUUAUCCGUUUCAGCGACUACAUCGAGGUCACACAGGCGCACGAUUACGACCGCCGUGCGGACAAGCCGUGGACGCGACUAACGCCACGUGACAAGGCUGCCAUCCGGCGCGAGCUCAAUGAGUUCAAGAGUUCCGAGAUGGCGGUGCACGAGGACAGCAAGCACCUCACAAGAUUCCAUAGACCAUGACGGCUGUGCCUUAGACCCAGACAGGACUGCACAGAGAGGGCGCGCUAGUGGCGCUUGAGCAGCUGCGACGUCGGCUGCUCGCUCUUCCCCAGGCGGCCGCGCAAUCCGCGCCAUGCCGGCCACACCUGUGAUUUUACCGUUAUAUAUUGACUUCUUCUCGCUCCGGAAGAUUCGUAUACAAUAACUUAUCACACAUCGGUAAAGUGUUGGACAUUCUAAACUUGCCGUUUCGACGUUACAUUUUUUUACGCGUAUCGACAGUGAAAUCUUAUUAUGAUUUACCUAUUACGACGUAGUUAUUGCCGAGUACAAUUAUUAUUAUGGUAUCGUUUAUGUUAAGUUGAUGUAUUCUGUAAGCGUACCUAUACAUUCUUUUGAUUGACCUUCGUGAAAGGUUAGUGAUACUGAUUAUUGUUGGAGAUAGAGCCUAGCGCUCAAGAUGUGAGAUUUGCGAGUGAGUCCUUCAGAUGCGACGCGUACCCAUCGUAGGAUUUACGCCGUGUACACUUGUGAUUUUUUUCUUAUAUUGCUAGCUCUUAGCGUCGUAGUCAUUAAGCUAGAUUCAAUUUUAUUCGUAUUUAUUUCACGUUACAUUUGUAUUUGCGGUCACAACUUCUAUUUUAAAGUACUUUCAUGUUUUAUGAAUUAAGAUAUUAUUGAAAUCAUUUUACUCAAAUAAUUAGCCACGUGUGAGAUAGUUCGUUUAAAAAAAUAAGAAUACAGGUACUUUCUGAUUACCGUACUUGUGUUGCUUGUCCACGAAUUGAAUUCCAGCUCUCAGCACCUGAGAUACUGCCACAGAUUUUCAAAUCUAUCUAUGGACUCGUCAAACGGUCAGGUGUUUAGAUAAUUCGAUGGCGUUAUGUCUGUUAUAUACUUACUAAAACUUUAAUAAUUAAUGUUUGACGAAAUAUGAUACGCCCAAAGUAAAUGUUAGUUUAUUAUUCUAAUGACAUAGUUGAAGUUCCCUGUUGGCUCUAAACUAUUGGACUGACUUUGAACAAACGACAAACGUGAUUUUAUAUGUUUUCCAUAGUUGAAAUCCCGAGUACUUAAGAAUUAUAAAGAACUUCGAAGUCAUCGUAGCAAUUUGAGUAGAUAAAAUUUAUUUUUUAAAUAAGGGAAUAGGUGUUAUAUUGGUAAUAAAAGUGUUAACGAUCAAGGUUGUCCUCUCUUCGAUUUGUCCAGACUCUUAUUAAAUCGAGUUAAUUGUGUUAGGAGUGCUUCCAAACAGAAAUGCUGUGCAACAUAACAAUAAACUUUUUAGUACGGGUCGAGGGGACCCACUUUUUAAACUAGCUACUUAUAUGUUUAUCAGAUGAAUUACGUAUUAGUGUGCACAAAUAUUAGUUUGCUCAACUUAGGCCAAAUUAUACAUAUGUAUUGUAUUGUAUGUCCAUUAUUCUGGUACAGCACUAAUAUACCACCUAUAAUCUCUCGUCACUCCCAUUGUUUUAGAGUAUAUUCAUUAUUGUACAAAGAAACGAACUUUAAUGCCACAAAGUUUGAUAAUUUCCGUAGCAUUAUUAAUCCCUCGUGUACGUAUGGAAAGCUAAUCGAUGGGAUAGUUUGUGUUUGUGAUAAUUUGCUAAGGCAAUUGGUCCAGUAAUGCAAUUCCGAAGUACAGGGAAAGCCUCGGUGAUCGUAAAACGCACUAAUAGGUCGGUGUUGUUGUUGAUGUCGGCGCAGAAUGUCAUCCGUGGUAGGUGCGCACGCACCCAAUGGUGGCGCGCGCGCAUUUAGUAUUUUGAUUAUAGUGAACACGCCAUGAACGAACAACGCGACGUGAUCGACAAAUGAAAUCUUGAUUUGCUGUUCAUUGUGAUCGAGUAUAUUUCUCGCGGUCUAUAGUGGUAUUAUAACAGCACGGCCAUCCUGUACGACACGAGCAACCUCGGCGGGAACAACUUGUUAUUCAUCUGUCGCUCUAGCCUAGAACUAGCGUAAGUUAUUCAAAGUUGAACGAAGUAUUGAGUAAAGGACUAAAUACUAUUAAGUUCUUAUAAAGCUGUAGCUGUUAUAUAAAAUUAUACGUCUUCUGAGAUUACAUGAAAGAUUAUUUGAUAAUGGUAAUGUUGAUUCACAAAGCUAUAUUAGUAACUGAGCAAUAAUAUAAAUAAAUCGGUAUCAGUUUGUUUGAUGUGACCUUGAGUUUGAGAUUAACGUUGAAACAUUUUUUACACGAAUAUAUACAUAUAAGUAAAUCUUUGUAGUGUAAACUCAUAGAUAGGAAUCCGUUUAAUAUUAAUCGUUUUUUAUAAAAAGCAAUGUAUUGUUCAGUAGUGGUGCCAUUUUGAGUGACGUGCUUUCAGAGGGCAAUAUCUGUCGAUGAAGACGUCUUUGUCAUUCGUAUAGGAAUCUUUAUUAUUCAAAUAAAUAACAGUUUGAGUCAAUUUUGUUACACCAAUUGACAGUAGACGUAUGUAUUUAAAAAUAUUUAUCCAGGCAUUACAAUUUAUUAUAAAAAGUUACAUUAAUAUAGUCAUAUACCUACCUACCUACGUUAAGUCAGUGCGUAGUUACAGUACAUUAUGCAAUUGUACGGAUAGCAAACUACAAAAUGUUAAUAAUAUUAUAAUGGUUAUUCUUGAGACCAUUCCAUUUUAGUGUAAUAAUAUGGAAGCCAAAAUGACGACUUAUUUUUCUAAACGAUUUUGUUAGAUUUGCGAAUAAAAUAUUAAGAUAAAAUGUAGACGUUUAUCGAUAUUGUAAUAUGUAAUAAGAUAUUCAGAUUUCCAAAGAUCUAUGGCUCAACUAAAUUCUUUUAGCUAGCUUACAUCGCCAUCGUUACAAUAUAUAUGCGUACCGCGAUUGGCGGCUCGACGCACGUUGGCGGUCGACACAUCACAAGCGUGUAAAACGUUAGGUAUAAACCUUACCAAUCAACAAUUGUGAUACGAUUUUAUUAUUUAGUGUAAUAGUAUGUAUUUUUCACGUAUUUUUGUAUUCUUUUUUAUGCACAGGAAUCGUUUUCAAAUAUUAUUUAAUUGCAGAGAGGUGCUAAGUAAGCAUUGCGAGCGUUGUCGAUUUAUCGUUAUUUUGAUAAAUAUAACUUAUGUAUUUUAGACGGACUGCCGGGUUGAUUCAAAAUUACUAUUUGUAUAUUGUCUUAGUUUUUUACGUUUAAUAUUUCGAAAGUAAAAUUAAGGCGUUUCAAAGUUUCGAAUUUUGACAACCAAUAUAAUAUUACUAUAAAAUCGGAAACUUAAUCGUCUGUUUUAGUUAUGUGCAUAUAAUCAUUAUUAUUACGUGCGUACAUUAUGUGUAGAGGAUAUAUUUAACAUGGCAACAAAUUUAUGUAAUAUUAUAAUGAUUCUAAAGCAAUUGUAUCGAUAAACACUGUUUUCAUCACGUUUGUAUAUAAUUUUAAUGGUGUAAAUUAUGGAAUCUCUUUUAUUUCCAUUUGAUAUCGCAAAUAUCAUAUGUGCUAUUACGAUCUAUAUAAUUGCUAUCUAUGGUAAUCUAUUACUGUUGCUUUUAUUUUGAAUAUUGUGUAAAUUAUUAAUGACAUAUU